AUGACUAGUCUUAUAAAACUUGUCGUUAGCAAUUAUAACGAAGUUCUAAAAAAUGUCAAAGAUCCAAUGGUAGAUACUUGGCCUUUAAUGGAAUCUCCAGGUCCUAUGUUAUGUAUUGUUGGCGCAUAUUUAAUAUUCGUUUUAAAAGUUGGUCCAAAAAUGAUGGAAAAAAAACCAGCCUUUGAGCUAAAUGGUCUCAUGAUCGGAUAUAAUGCAUUUCAAGUACUUUUCAGUAUUUGGUUGUCAUCUUUGGCAUUGGAAAUCGUUGAUGUUAGACACUUGUUUUUUGCUCAUGGAUAUGAUAAUCGUUUUUCACCUCAUUUACAAAACACGAACUUACAAAUAAAGAUAUCACGAGGCGCUUGGUGGUAUUUUUUCGCAAAAGUUAUCGAGCUUCUAGACACAGUAUUUUUCGUGUUGAGGAAGAAGCAAAACCAAAUUACUUUCCUUCAUGUUUUUCACCACAGUACAACGGCCGUUUUCUCAUGGUGCUAUUUAAAAUUCCUUCCUGGCGAACAAGGCAUCGUCAUUGGUUUCUUAAACUCCUCAGUCCAUAUCAUUAUGUACAGUUAUUAUCUCAUCGCAGCACUUGGGCCAAAGUAUAGAAAGUUUCUCUGGUGGAAGAAAUAUAUGACUUGGAUUCAGUUGGUACAAUUUGGCUUAAUGUUAGUUUUUCUAGUACUAACAUUGAUCAUGGAUUGUCGAACACCAAAAGCUCUAACUUAUUUUUUCACAACAGUUGUAAUAAUUUUCAUAUAUCUAUUUAGUGACUUUUAUCGUCAAGCAUAUAAAAAGAAAAUUACUUAAUAAUAAAUGUUAAGUCUUGCAAAUAACCAAUAAAUACAGAACAAUUUAUUUAAAUAAACUUAUAUUUAAACGUUACAUAUGUAAUAAAAGUAUUGAAAUUAAUGAGGGCAAAAAACAGCGCGGAAAAAGUAGCUUACCUACAA